AUGGCGGAGGAGGCGAUGGAGAGCUACCUGUAUGCCGCCUACCACCCCUACUCCUACCGCUACCCGCCGCCCAAGGGCAAGGGGGGGGCGGCGGGCGGCUGGCGGCCGCGGGGCAGCGGCUACUUCUCGGGCUACGGGGAGGCGGCGGCGGCCGCCGAAUACUUCGACAACUACCAGCGGGCGCAGCUGAAGGCCAUCCUCUCCCAGGUCAACCCCAACCUGACGCCGCGGCUCCGCAAGGCCAACACCAAGGAGGUGGGCGUCCAGGUCAACCCGCGGCAGGACGCCUCGGUGCAGUGCUCCCUCGGGCCCCGCACGCUGCUGCGCCGCCGCCCCGGUCCCCCCGCCGGGCCGCGGCCCCGCGAGGCGGAGCAGGAGCGGGAGCAGGAGCAGGGCAGCCCCGCCACCACCAGCACCCGCGCCGUGCGCUUCCCCCGCACCAUCGCCGUCUACUCGCCCAUGGCGUCCCGCAGACUCACCGCCUUCCUGGAGGAGCCGAGCCCGGAGCCGGAGCGGCGGCCGCAGCAGGAGGAGGCGGCGGCGCCGGCCGUCGAGGAGGAGCCGGCCGCGCUGCGGGAGCAGCGGGAGGCGGAGGCGGCCGCCGUGCGGGCGAGCUGGGAGAAGCCCCCCGAGGGCGGCGCCGAGCCCCUGGGCAGCCCGGCCGAGCCCUGGGCAGCGCCCGAGCCCCUGGGGCAGCGCCCGGCCGCGACCCCGGAGCCGCCGGCGGCUGGGCCGGAGGAGAGCCAGGACGAGGCGGCGGCGGCAGCGCGGGCAGAGCCGCCUGCCGCCCCCCAGAAGCGGGAGCCGGCGGCGGGCAAGACCCGCCUGCGCUUCCAGUUCCUGGAGCAGAAGUACGGCUACUACCACUGCAAGGACUGCAACAUCCGCUGGGAGAGCGCGUACGUCUGGUGCGUCCAGGGCACCAACAAGGUCUAUUUCCGGCAGUUCUGCCGGACCUGCCAGAAGUCCUACAACCCGUACCGCGUGGAGGACAUCACCUGCCAGAGCUGCAAGCAGACGAGGUGCACCUGCCCCGUGAAGAUGCGCCACGUGGAUCCCAAGAGGCCCCACCGCCAGGACCUCUGUGGGAGGUGCAAAGGGAAACGCCUCUCCUGCGAUAGCACGUUCAGUUUCAAAUACAUCAUCUGAGUGGGAUGGGGUGGUUUUGGUUUUUUGUUUAGGGCUGUUCUAGAAAACUGCAAGUAGAGCAGACUUUUUUUUGUUGGUGGUGGUGGUGGUGUUGAAGGUACUUAGUGAGGUGUAGCUAGGAAAGCAUGCAAAUAAAAGUAUUGCAAAGCACGCUCAAAUGAUCAGGUGGGUUUGUGCCCAGCUCAGAGGGUGCGUAUUGCAACUUCUGUAACUUGCAUAGGGAAAGAGCCUACAAAUAAUGUUUUGUAAAUCAGUGGUCUUGGCAGCAACUGAGUCCGGACCUUGUAGAAUCUUGGGUGGGAAAGGAUGUCUGUUACUGCUCCCACCCUUGAACUAAUCAAACACUUGAAGCUAACAUCAGAUUGACAUCUACAGUAGGUAGUAGAGCAUCAUUCAUCAACAAAACACCUAGCAGUACUCACUCACUGUGCACGCUUCUAUUCCAUGUAGAAAGUCUCCUGCACCUGUUUUUUGUCACUAGAAAAUGAUUGAGAAAUGCUAUGUAAAAACUAGGUCACUUCUACUGGUACAGCUGGUCUGCAUUUAGCUAAGCUGGUGUUCUUGUCUUGUAGAUUAAAGCCAAAGAAAGCUUGUGGUUAAUGCAUCUUCAGGGACAGUUCUCAAACUGCUGGGGAAGGGAGUCACUGAUGUUAUGGUCUCUUGGUAAACGAGGUGCCCAUCUUUACUUCCACAAGGUUAUCAAGAGAAGUGACACUUCAAAGGCUUAAAGUAUGAUACUGCAUCUGCCUGGCUUCCUCUUGGACCUGCAGAUGAUGCACAAGAGCUGUGCACUUAGUGGCUUACACUUAAAGAGUUUGAUCUAGUUAUGGUUUAGGCAUCUGCCAUCGGGGAAGGAUCAAACUCCUGCACCCUUCUGGGGUUGGGUUUGCAACUAGGAAUUGUACUUCUAGUGUUGGGUAGUAAUGGCAGAACCAGCAUGGUUACUCCCAGAUGAUGGUAUCUGAGGCCUGUUGGUGCUGUCAGAGGUAAUGGCCUCUGUAGGGACACCAUGCUUCAGCAAAGCAUUACAAGCUGACUCUGGGACUCCACAGCAUGACCAUCUGAGCAGAUUCACAAGCUAGUAAAAUCUACACCACCCAGUCUACCCUGUAGCCAAGGAGCUGGGUAAACUUAGAGAAAAACAUACUUUUCUGAGAAUGCUAGCAAAGAUGUUAAUUUUGAAAUUGAGCAUAAUAAUGCACAAAGCCUCUUGCAGAACUCUCGAGGUAGCUUCUAUUUGGAAAGACUGAUUUAUCUUGGUUAUAACAAACUUAUCUACACCUCUACCCAGCUUACUUGAGACCACUCUAAUAAAGACUAACAGCGGAAUCAGUCUGAGCCCAUGCUGUAUAACAACAGCUUCAGUACCAGGUUAUCUUGCAUCUCUGAAUGGAAGCUAGUGUAUGGCAGGGUAGACAAACAUUGUCCUUUGCACCAACAAAUGUCCAUUUAGAGGGGCAGUGAGUGUUAAUUCUGUAGGCUUAACUCAUCUUGCUGUAGACUCCUGCUUUAUUUUAACAUGCCCCUUGAACUUGCUGCAGUAACUAAGGCUUAAUGCCUCAGCACCAAUUUAUUGCCAAGUAAUUUUAUUAUUGCUCCAUUCAUUAUUAUAGCAGCAUGAGGCAUUCUGGGAAUGAGUAGCCCUAGCACCCCCAGAAUGGGGUACUGUUUUAUUUCAUGCUUCUACCUGAAGCAUUUUCCCCUGUAUCACAGUAAAAGGAACUAUCUAUCUCUUGCUUUACCAUCCCACACAAAGA